UUGAGUCUCUCAGCGGCGGCCAUUUUCUUGUAGACCGAUUGCAACUCUCUUCAACGGCAUCGGCUUCUUAAAAAUGGCGCCCGUUCCGGGGACAGAUCUUGGCGGCGAUUCCGACGACUAGGAAGCCUGUGUGCCUGGCUGUCAUAGCAGGCGGCGGAGGUGACCCUCGGGUGUUCGGGGAAAGAUGGGCGCUCAUCUGGUGCGGAGAUACUGGGGGGAGCCCGAGCCGGACCCCUUAAACAUGCCGGACAGUCCUGCGGGAGGACAUUUCCAGGAGAGGG